AUGGCGCGCGGCAAUGCGAAACUGGAUGGUGCGAAAGGGGAUGCUUCUUCGGAGAGCUCGCUUGCAAAAAAUACCGCAUCGAAGCUUGUCAUCGCCGAGGACGAUGAGUCUGAGACAAUGACGACGGCAGAGACAGAAGGGGAAGGCGACGACUACACGGAGUAUACGGACGAGACGGAGACUGAUAGCAAGAGUGCAAGUGAAGUGACAAGCUCUGGUGAGGAGGAGGAGGAGGAGGAAGAUGAGGAGACGGAAAACGAGAGCGUUGUCACCUCUUCGUCCAUGACGGAUGCAACGGAAGAUGAUGAAGAGGACGACGAAGACGAAGAUGCAGACGCAGACGCAGACGAAGACGAGGACGAGGAGGAAGACGAAGAAGACGAUCAAGAAUCUGACGCUUCCAGUGUACAUACAACGACAACAGAGCGUGGCACCAACAAAUUGGGUCUGACCCUGGAAAAAGAGCUGUCGUCCGCUGCCAUUCGGGAAAAUCGCCGCAGGGACCAUGUUGUACAACAAGACGCACCGACUGAUUUGGAGGCUGCCAAAACCCUUGUCGCGUCCUCCAAUCGACACGAUCCUCUUAGUCCAUCGGUCGGUGCAGAAUCCAUGAUUGACCCCCAAGUCAUCAUCCAAAAUCCAUUUGGCGAAGGCGAGCCAGACAAGCCGCCUGUACUGCCAAAACGCCCUCCCUCCCCAAGACUCACUCAUUUGGGCGCCAAGUUUGCCGCUGCGAAUGAAAAGGCCGAGCGAAUUAACGACUCCGAGUAUGACUCCAUACUUGCGCGCAUGGUCGCACAAAAUCGCAAGCUGAACAAAGACCCACGCGCGAUGCGGCGCAGUGCGCUUGGCAUCGGCAAGCUCCGUUUGAGCUUUGAACGUCUGCAGCAGCAGCAAAGGAAACAAGUGUACAGUGGGCAAGAGUCGGAAGGACUUGGCACUAGCAGCGAGGAGUUCGGUGUAGGGACCGCGCUGAGCAAAGAUGCGGUGCGCGACACGGAGAAUGAUGAGGAAGUCGACUGGGAGUUUUGGGGCGGACUCAUUAACGACUAUAAUACGAUUUUGACAACGAGUCCAGUCGAGCUGAGUAAGGCGAUCUACUCUGGCGUUCCUUCGGUCCUGCGCGGCAUGAUGUGGCAGCUGCUGAGCAGCAGUAAGGAUGAGGAGCUUGAGGCACAGUAUGCCAAGUACCUAGCGCUUCCCUGUGCACAUGAGCGUGCAAUCCGCCGCGACCUAUAUCGCACCUUUCCCGGCCAAGAGUAUUUCCAAGACGCGCAUGGGAUCGGCCAGGAGCACUUGUUCAAUGUUGUCAAAGCCUAUUCCCUUUUCGACCCCGAGUGCGGUUACUGCCAGGGCAUGCAAUUUAUUGUAGGCCCGCUCCUGAUGAACAUGCCCGACGAGGCUGCGUUCAGCACGCUGGUGCGGCUCAUGCAAAACUAUGAUCUGCGCGGCCACUUUAUCCCCAACAUGCCUGCGCUCCAACUGCGCCUAUACCAAUUUGACAGGCUCGUCGAAGAUACGCUGCCGUUGUUGCACAUGCACUUUGUGCGUCGGGGAGUGAAGAGCAGCAUGUAUGCGAGCCAAUGGUUUAUGACACUGUUUUCCUAUCGCUUCCCCCUCGAGGUUGUGUACCGUAUUUUGGACUCCAUCUUUGCCGAGGGCAUUGACGCGGUGUUCCGCUUUGCGAUCGCCCUCCUGCACAAGAGCGAGGCCGAACUCAUCAAGUUGGACUUUGAGGACUGCCUCAACUUUUUGAAGCUGCAUCUCAUCGAGCAAUACACGGAUACGCCCGCUGCGAGCAAACCGCACGUUCGCGUCAGCGAACUGAUGCACGACGCGUUCCAAGUAAAGAUUGUGCCCCACACGCUAGACUCGUAUGCAAAUGAAUUUUACGAACAGUCACGCGCGCUCAACGAACAUAAAGUCGAGAUGGAGGCGCUGCGCUUGGUCAAUCGAAAUCUGCGUCUCAAAGUACACGCGCUGGAAGAACAACUUCACCAAGUAAACGACGAGCAUGUCGCGCUUGUCAAGCGCGUCGUGAUGUCGAAGCUAUCACAGGAGGAUAUGGCGGAAGAGCUGGUGCGCUACAAAGUCAUGUAUGCCGAAGCAGUGCUGCAGAGCGAGGUGCAGUCCGAGCGCUCGCGCUCCUCCUCCUUUUCCGCAGAGGCGUCGUUGUCGUAA